AAAAGUAUGAGCAGCUGAGAUUGAAUGACACUUUGUCACGAAGCUUCAGGAGGAACAAACGAGCCAUUAUCUCCGACUUUCUGGCCCUGCACCUGAACUCAACACGCACCUACAGCGACUGGAAGCUCGUGACUGCAGGUAUGUCUCAUUCUAAACCUCUGCUCAUCCCCUGGCUUCGGGCCCACAUUGACAGCACCAGGUAUCCUGGUGUCCAAUGGACAAACCUGGAGCGAACCGAGUUCUCCGUCCCGUGGAAACAUGCUUUAAGACAGGACUCCUCUGACACUGACAUUCUCAUCUUUAAGGCCUGGGCGGAGGUGAGUGGUAAUGGCCGGGCUCAGGGAGAUCCCUCAGUCUGGAAGAGGAACUUCCGCAGUGCCCUCCGAGCUAAAGGCUUCAAACUGGUCUCUGACAACAAGAAUGAUGCUGCUAACCCACAUAAAGUGUUUCACUGGCCGAAUGAGUCAGCAUCAAAAGCUAACUCUAGUGCUGGAUCCCAGGAUCAAGAUGACACAGAUCUGUUUGAGGAUAUUGGCCUUUCUACAGAAGAAAGCCAGGUUCUCCCAUGCUUGGAUGACUGCCUCUAUCUUCCAGGAGAGUUUUCAGAAUCUGCUGCCCACCAGGAUAUUCUCCAGGAGUGUCUAAAGGGACUGAGCAUUGGCCCUGAGACAGAGGGCACUGCAGGCUUUGAGCCUCCUCCCGAGCAACAGCAGCUCCAAAACCCAGUUGUGAUUGGAGGACAGGCGUUGCCUGGGCAACAGGAGUAUCCAGUAAUGUUUGAGGCUGCAGUCGGUGAAGCUGGGUUGCCUGAGCAACCGGCAUGUCCAAUGGAGGGAGCCGUGGGAGGGGCCUAUAAUGGGCAGUUUGCGGAGCAGUUCUUGGAUACCAUGAACAAGACCAGAGAUGGAGAUAAUUUCAAGACUCAAUUCAGGGUAUCGGUGUACUACAGAGGGGUGAAGGUGUUGGAGCAGCUGGUUGAGAAUGAAGCUGGAAUCCGCUUAGUCUACAGCCCUCAUCUCACCGGGACAGUUUUUGAUCAAGAGUCGGGCCUGUCUGUGAUCUCGCUGCCAACUCCUGGACCUAUGCUGGAUCAAACCCAAGCCAGACUGACCCAAUGUAUCCUGGACAAGAUGGGCGAUGGUUUGGACUUGGGGGUUUCGGGUCAUGUGAUCUACGGCCAUCGACGGGGGAUCAAAACAUUUUGGAGCUUCUCCAAGUAUGACAGUAGCAGACAGCCCAUAGAGCUUCCGAAACUGGAGCCUCAACCGCUGUACCUGUUCAAGGACUUUUUGCGAGGAAUAUUGGACUUCAUUGAAGGGAAAAAGUCUCCUCCCUGCUCCCUGUUCUUCUGCUUUGGGGAGAAGUGGCCUGAUCCAGACAACAGGCCUUGGGAGAAGAAACUCAUCACAGUGGAGGUGGUCCUGACUUCAAUGGAGUUACUGAAGAAUAUGGCUGUUGGAGGCGGCGCCUCCUCCCUGCAGUCUGUGGAGCUGCAGAUGUCACUUGAAGAGAUGAUGGAGCUGUACUGACACUUAGCUGUGCCUUAAGAAAACCACUGUUUACCCCCCAUUCUAUCCUAUUUCUACUACAUAUCUACUCUAAAUAGAACAAUUCAGGUAAUAAUAAUGUUUUUAGUCAUUUCUCUGGUAGGUUUGUUGGCUCUGCAUGAAAAAGGAAAGUAAAUAUGUUUCAGGUUUACAAUGUUUGAACACAAAUAUGUGCUUUUAAAUCAAUUUACUUUGAUAUUUUUACAUAAAAUAAUAAUGUGAUUUGACAGGACCUUUCUGACAUAUACUGAUCAUAUCGGUGCUGGUGUUACUAAGCUGCCUAGUUGCCUUUUGUUGCAAAGAAAAUGAGUAGUAAUUUAUGUAUGUAAGUAUGUGUAGCGUGUUUUUUCUUUGUUUGUUUGUUUUUUUUGCAAUGAAGCACAACAGCAGAUUUUCCAGACGGUAUGCAAUGUCAAUGUGCAAACAAUCCAGAGGCUGUCGGUCAUAUUGUUAAUGAUCGUAUUUGUUUACAGUAAUCAUUUGAAUGUGUCAGAAUAAAAGUGUAAAUAAAAUUCAUAUGUAGGGACAUUUAUAAUCAGAUAAACAAGUUUCAUUCAACAAAACUGAAAUACUGUGUGUACACUGAAAUAAGUAUACUGUAACAAUACUCAUGCCUUCAAUAAACAGUUUAAUUA